AGUUACAAUCGAAGUGAGCGCGUUUGCGGUUGUAAACGCAGUGGUCUGGUCAACGUCGUUGUCGUUGUCAUCGUCAUCAAUUUGACUAUCUCGCACUCGUUAUUAUUGUGCAAUUUGGUAAUUCGUUUUAUUUUAAUCGUACACUUGCGCGUCCGAGUUCCUGUUAAUUGUGCAUUAUAAGUGUUACAGUGUUAUUUACUUUAAUUAUUCAAUAAAUGUGCAGUGAGUCUUUGCAUGCGAGCAUUUGUUGAGCACAUGGAACCUUUUUAAGUGGUUACAAAACAAAAAUAAAGAAAAAAGACGACGCCAAAGAUUUUCAUUAACGCGCACUUCUCGUUAACGCGCAAAGCUUCGUGUGUGAAGGAGGUGGAAAUAACGCCACAAAACGUUUAAUAUUUUUUUGUGAUUUUUUUUAAAGAAAAGUGCGUGAAUUCGACAGACGUGCCGAAAACUGCCCUUAAAGUUGGAGUUGUAAAAGUUGAAAGAAGAAAAUUGUGUGUGCUUGCUGGCGGACACAAUAGCGCAGUGAUAUGAAUGGUAAGGUGUUUGGUGGGUGAAAGGUGGUGGAGACAACAACACAACCGUUGUCGAUAGAAGCAAUAGCAACGUGCUCUUGCACUGGCGAAUAAAUAUUCUCAAUUGUGGUGUGGGGUAUUUUCCAAAUUCGCUCAUUUCAUGCUGAUUAUUUGCAUGUGGUGAAUUUGUGUUUUUGAAUUUAGUCAAUGCAACAACAAUACACACACUACUAGCUCGUCAACAAAACAAGAAUAUUAACUGAUUGCUCUGAAGCUGAAACUGCAUGGGGCGGUGGGAGCGGCUGGUAAGUCAAGUCGAGUCAAGUCAAGCCAGUGAAAGAGCGCGAGUAUCUUAUCGUGUCCGUUGCGUUGUUAAUACCGGCUCAUGAGUGUCGCUGCGUAUUUUUUUCGUUUCUGCUUUAGUGCAUUGGAAUGCUUUAGCAAAUGACAAGAUACUUUUGCAACAACAACAAGUGAUAAUCACACGGUCGACUAAAAAUUAGUACGAGUAGGUAACAAAAACAAAUUAACGAAUUAGAAAAGUCGUCCUGUUGCAGUUAAAUCCUAGGGUAAAGCUAAAUUUAAUGAAAAUAUUAAAGAAAGCAAGAAUUAUAGUGGUGUAUUAACAAAAUUGUUUGCCUUUUGUGUAAUGAAGUGAGAAUUUGAAAUUUUAUUGUGUUAAGCUGUUUGCUUGAGAGAAUCUACAAAAAAAUUUUAAUUUAAAACAAAAGCAUUAAGAUGAAUUAAAAUUCUUACUCAAUUAAAAUUAAUUUAUUGAAGCUAAAUACAAUACUGUGUUGAAGUCUAAUAAAUUGCGGAACUAUUCGGAACUACAAUAUAUUACGGGGUUAAAGCGGCGUAAUUUUUGAAGGUCAGAAAUCCUCAGAGCGAAACUAAAACGGUAAAUUGAUUAAAGUUUUUUCGCACGACACAAGCACCUGAUGUGGAAGACACGUCGCCGGCGUCGCGUACAUUGAUUGCCAUAUACAGAGUUGCUUUUACAGACAACGUUUUAGUCAUUCGCUAGUUCACCACAAUUGAGAGCAAAAACUCUCAAACGGGAUUAUUUAAAUUGUUGCCAUAAAUUUAGGGUUCAAAAGCCACAAAAGCAACACUGACGAUAGUGAAGAUAAUAAAAAAAAGAUAAUAAUUUUGUAACCUCCUGUGGCUGUACAUAGAUAUUAAAAGGAAAUUAAAAUAAAUAAAGGAAUACUACGACUUACUAUUUUUAAGCAGAUAAAGUGUGGAUCACUUAGCUUGGUUCGGGCACAUAUGCAAUUAUCAACUUAAGCUGUUUUAAACACACAUACCAACGAAGCAACACAUACACACUCACAUAUAAAUUUAAAGCAAGUCAGAAAGAAAGCUUAGCAAUUGUAACGCCUGCAUCCUUUGUAGCCACAGCAGCAAGCAUUGGCGCGUCAGGAGUACGCUUUUCAACACACGCUGCCACAAAAAGCGGAUUUUUACAUACUGCGCUACCUGUUUGUUAAAGAAAACAAAAAUCUCUUGUACAACUACUGAAACCAUAUAUCAAUUACCAUAAUAGCAAGAAUAAAAUCAUUUGAAAAUCUAAAACAAAUAAUACAACAAAAAACAGCAUAACCGUCCAUUAGCGCUAGCUGAAAGAGUUUUCCCCGUCGAAAGCUAUGAAACUUUCAAGCGCAUUUUUUGUGAAUAAACGGUGGAGCAACAAAGCAUAAAAACGGCGCGUGAAAAUUUUAAGCAAACGUCGUAUCUAGUGUCAACACCAGCACUCUAAAUAGACGCGAUUCUACAAAAAAGUAGCAGAAAAAAACUUAGCAAAAGCAAAAAAAAAGUAUUUUUUAUAAAAAGUUUAUUCUGUGUAUAUUCACACCGACACAGAGAGAGACAUACAUAUACCGGACGUUUUUAUACGGUUUGCGCUUGUUUGGGAAUUUUUAAAAGAAGUUGACGAGAUUCAUUAGCCAAGCAUAGCGGUGAUACUAGUACAAAAUGGGUAGGAAAAAAAUACAAAUAUCACGCAUCACUGACGAACGUAACCGACAGGUUACAUUCAACAAACGCAAAUUCGGCGUCAUGAAGAAGGCCUACGAGUUGUCGGUUUUGUGUGAUUGUGAAAUUGCGCUUAUUAUCUUCUCAUCCAGUAAUAAAUUAUAUCAAUACGCUAGCACUGAUAUGGACAAGGUCCUGCUCAAAUAUACUGAAUAUAAUGAGCCACACGAGUCACUCACGAAUAAGAAUAUAAUUGAGAAGGAGAAUAAAAAUGGCGUCAUGUCCCCAGAUUCACCCGAACAGGAAGCCGAUUUCACACUCACCCCCCGCACUGAAGCCAAAUAUAAUAAGAUCGACGAAGACUUUCAGCUGAUGAUUCAACGCACUCAAAUGGGUGGAGCAAGCGCAUCCGGUCGCAAUCUUGGUAAUACGAAUUACACACUGCCGGUAUCGGUGCCGGUGCCGGGCGCUUAUGGUGACGCCAUGCUGCAGGCGAGCCCACAAAUGUCCCACACAAAUAUAAGUCCACGGCCGUCAAGCUCAGAGACCGACUCAGUUUAUCCAUCGGGUUCCAUGUUGGAGAUGUCAAACGGUUAUCCGCAUUCACAUUCGCCGCUUGGUGGUUCGCCCAGUCCAGGACCGAGUCCAGGUUUAGCUCACCACCUGUCACACAAGCAACAGUCACCGGGCGGCCAAAAUGGACGCGCUUCCAAUCUACGCCUCGUCUUACCAACACCACUUGCUCAAAAUAUGUCAGCUGCAGAUGAGAUUAGCUACGGCGAUCAGCGACACAAUCAGGCAUCACUCAAUACGCCCGUGGUGACGCUGCAAACGCCCAUACCCAAUAUGUCGGGCUACACAUUUGGGCCGCAAGAUUUCUCUAUGAGUUCCUCCGAUGUUAUGAGUUUACAGCCAUGGACCACACAUCAGGGACUCGUACAGCAUUCGGGACUCCCCCAUUUGGCCGUACCGAAUAGCACACCACCGCCUGCCACCUCACCCGUCUCGAUCAAAGUCAAAUCCGAGCCACAAUCACCGCCACGCGAUCUCUCCGGUUGCCAUCAUCAGCAGAACAGCAACGGUUCAGCGGGCAGCAGCGGUAGCGGUGGUGGUGGUGGCGGCGGUUCAUCCAACAACGUCUCCACCGCCAAUGCACUCGCGCUUGCCAAUAUGAAUGCGACGGCGGUGAUAGCGGGCGGCAGCGGUGGCGUCAAUUCGGCGUCCGAGCAGGCUGCCAAUCUGAGUGUACUAAGUCAUCCGCAACAACAUCUGGUGAUGGGCGGCUCAAGGCCCUCUUCCACGGGACAUUUAACGCCAACGCAAGGAGUGCUAGAUAAAUAUGAAGGAUAUCAAUACCGCUCACAGCUGGGUGCGAAUUCUAGAGUAUGGAAUUUUGCCGGUUCGGUUACCCCCACAAAUGUGCCAUCGCCCGAUUUACGGCUAACGGCUAAUCAACAGGCGCAACAGCAGCAUCAGCAGGCGCAACAGCAACAACAACAGCAACAGCUUAAUGAUUACGAUGGACCGAAUCAGGCGCACAAGCGGCCGCGCAUCUCCGGCGGUUGGCCACAAUAGCCGGCCCGAGAAGUGGCAGCACACAGCAGCAGCAGCAACAACCACAACAAUAACAACAACACUAACAACAAUAGUAGUAGCAACAGCAGCGCAGCAAACACUAGCGCAACAACAACCAGCUUGAGAAAUUAUCAACAACAACAGUCACAACACAACGGCGCGAACAACCAUUGCGGUGUUGGCGGUGCUGCUUGCGGCGGCGUGCAACAAAUGCUGCCACCAGCCGCCAACUCACCUUACCUGCGCAACACAAGCAACAGCAGCGCCAAUAGUAACAGCAAUCACAGCAACAGCAACAGUCCCGCACUGCUGAAGCCCACAUGCAGCGGCAUGCGCACCCCGUACAACAACAACAAUGGUGGUGGUGGCGCCGUUAGCUCACAUUCAGCGACACGUCACGGCAAAUAUGCCAAUUACUUGCAACAACAACAGCAACAACGUGCUCUUGUGCAGCAGCAACAACAGCUACAACAACUACAACAGCAGCAGCAGCAAGAAAACUACCUAAAUGCCGUUAAUUGUAGCCUUUAUGGUGGUGUUGCUAGCAUCGCUGGCAGCGCUCAUGCAACACAGCCGACACAGCAUGCUUACAGUCACGUGACUGCCGGUACGGCUGUGACCGCUGGCGCUGGACCAUCAAGCCACCUGCAACAUCACGCGCUGCCGCAUUCAAACUUGAGCAUAAGUGGCAUGAGCCACGCACACAGUGCGGGCAAUGCAAUUAUAUCGAAAUGAGUGCGCCGCCACUACUGAGCUGCUAGUGAGGAGCGCGAGAGCGGAAAAUGCGUGAACUGCGUGGUGCAGAGGAUUCAAGUGGAUAUUUCUUCUAGGCUGAGAUUGAAUGCACUUUUUUCGUAAGCAACAAAUGUACAACAACAACAACCAAACCGUUGAAAUUAACAAAAACAUCACAGCAACAACAACAACAACAACAACAAUUCUCAUUUCAACAAAAAAAAAAACCCAAGUAUGAAAAAUAUUAAGCAAACAAAAUAAAAACAACACAUCACACUCCCAGUUUAAGUUUAAGAUAUGUAUGCCCAUAGGCUGAUUAGUAGCGCGAGAAGUCGAAGUACGAGCGAAGUCGUGUGCGGUGGCAUCACGAAUCGUUCGACAGGCCGGGAAACUAGUGGAUUAGGAAUUCAUUAAAGUGUCAUAUCGUAAAUAUAAGUCAAUGUUGCUCCUAAAAAGAGUUAAAAAAAAACAACAACAACAAAAAUGAAUCAAUUGAAAAAUUUUAAAAGCAAAAUAAAAACAAAUGGGUGCAGUGGAAUAAACUUAAUUUAAAUUAAAAAUAAUUUUACUUAGUUUAGUAUAAUUAAUUAUAUAUGAAUGUUUGAAAAUGUUAGUUAAGUUAUUUUAGUCUAAAAAAAUUUGCAUUAAGUCACUACAUAACAAUAGCUGGCUGAGCAAGCUAUCAGCUGCUUACACCUAAUCUACAUACAUAUAUAUAUAUAUAUAACAAUAUAUAUAUAAACAUAUUUAGUUGAAAAAAAGUCAGAGUUUGUUUGCGCAAGUAAAUGUCAUAUAAAAUAUGUACCCGAACUUACAGAAUUGUAGUUUAUUAGCCUAAAAGUAUGCAACAUUUAAGUAGAGCGUGCUUAGAUGACAACAAAACAGAGUGGCACUGCAAGAAACUAAAAAAAUGUAUAGUAUGCAUGUGUGCGCACACCUCGAAAUACCAAACAAUUUGCAGAUUAAUAGCACAACAGCCGAAAAGUAUGCAGUGCUUUCCAUUUUCUAAUUUCGUUUUAGUAAGCCGGCUUAGAUAUUAUUUUAGCAGAGUUGUAUAGCUGGAAGGUGAAAAAUAUGUAGUGUACCUUCGAGCGCUAAAACUUUUGAAGGUACAUUAUUGGUAAAAUUUUUUUUAAUUAGAAAAUUUGUAAUGUGUGUUUAAAACUUGUUCAAAAUUAAAGUUAAAAUUUCUUAACUUAAAAAUAUUCUUUAACAAACAUUUUUUGAAGUAUUUCUUUUUUUAAUUUAUUAGAAAACAAAAUUUUUUUAAUUAGAAAAUUUAUAUUUUUUUAAUUCAACAUUUAACAUACAUUAUAAUUUGUUUGCAAACAAAUCUUUAAGUAAAGAAUUACUCGUACUAAAGAAAUCUACAUAUAUUUUCCUUUAAUUUAAUAACAAACAUAUUUAUUAACAAAAUUAUUAUUUUGUAUACAAAAAAUUAUAAAUUAUUAUUUAUUAUCACAAAAUAAUAUUCCUCAUCCAAAUGUUCUAAUUUUUUUUUAAAUCAACUCUCUUGAGCUUGCAGACAUUACUCUAGUGUUGCAUACUUUUGCGCGCGCAUGGUAAUUCCACCAAUUAUUGAACUACCUGCCUAAAACUGGUCGUCAAAGCAUGCAUAUAAAAAGAAAAAACCAACAACAAAACAAAAAUCAACUGAAAAUAAAACAGAAAAACCAACAACAAAUUGUUAAAUUUUAAACUAACUAAAAGCCACUAGUUUAAGCCCCACUGUUAGUGUUUUACUUACAAUACUAGAAAGAUAGAAGUAUAGAAAAAAGCAAGCCUUUGGUGUAUUGCAUACAAAACUUGUUAUUACAAAUAUACAAACAUAUAAAUAAAUAAAAACAAAAACAGUGUGACAGUUAAAAAAUAAACAUACAUAUACAAGUACAUAUGAAUGUGACAGUGUGUUGCAAGCAAAUGUUAAGUUUUAAUGUUUUAAUUUAAGUUUUAUAAAAACAACAAAGAAAAAACACAAAAACAAAAGCGAAAAGUGAAAAAACUACAAUAAAUUGUGUGAAAUGUAGUGAUUAAAAUAAAUUACUAAGUAAAAUAUGUAAAUCCAAAUACGUAAUUGCAUGCAAGUCAAUCACAACAUUUUUAAUUAAAAACCAACAAACACACACACAUACCCACAUGCAUAGACAUUUCAUUUAUAUAUAUUAAUGAAAUUAUAAAAAAACAAAAACAUAAUGAUUUUCUAUUUCUUUUUCAUACAAUAUUUGCGCAAUUGUAAUAGAUUUUUAAUAUAUUAUAGUUUAAGCAAUAAUUUCAAUUAAAUUUAUUUUAAUUCAUAUUGUUUUCGUUUAUUAUUUGGUUAAGUGGGGCAAUUAAAGCAUGUAAACUACUAUAUAUUGAUAUUUUGGGUAAAAACGUGGCUUUGAAAUGAAAGUUCAAAGCUUUCAAUACGUUUUGUUGCAGCAUUUCACAUUUAAAAAACAAAAAUAAAAAUUUCACGACAAAACAGUAAAAGCUUUUUAAAAUAGUGAAAGCUUCGAUUUGUUUGUGUUCAAAUACAUAUUUUCUAUAAUAGAAGGCACCGAAAACUCCAUUUUCAAGAUUUACUAAUAAUAUUCUAUUUGAAUUAACUUAAAAAGUUUUUAACAAAAUCUAUUGCAGCUAAAAAUUCCAGCAUUUUUAAUUUUCUGCAAUUAUAUAUGAAUGUUUUUAAAUAUGUAUAUCAUAAUGUAUCGAGUUUUGUCUUUAACCAUAAUUUAAUGAAUGCCAGAGCAUUGUAACUUUUCUGUCUAAAAAUAAUAGAGCUUUCACUUGAAAUGAAAGCUUUUAUUGAAGUCACCGUCUCUUAAAUAAAUCUUGCCACUGUUUACAUAAUACCAAUAUGAGUGAGGGGAGUGGCAACAAAAUUAAAAACCAUUAGGCAAAGCUGAAAAAUGAAAGCUCACUCUAAUCAGUUUGUCCACAAUAUACUUUCGAUACGUGAAUAUCAAUUUUAUUUGACAGUAGGAAGUAAAUCGUAAGCUUAAUUGUGGGUUGCUGCAUAAUUCAAACUUCUAAUUAUGAUUCAUAAAGCUUUUUUAUAUCCCCGACACCGUAAGCUUUCAGAAAAACUUAUGUGUAAAACAUGUUUUACCGUUUUUCGAAAUAAACCUAAAUAAAAACUUUCAUGUUUGUUCGAAUAAAAGCUGGAUCCCAAUAAGUUUAUCCAUAUCAUCUUAAAAGCUUUUUAGGCUCAAUGCCAAAUAAUAUUGAAAGUUUUUUUUAAUAUACUUAUGAAAGAAAAAUGUAAUUUAAAUAUAUCUCUUGUAUUCGGUCAAACUUAUUAACUAAAUUUCAGUUGAGCAAAAAAUCGUUUCUGUAGAAAUCCGAAUAAACAGUCUAAAAUAUGGUAUAAGGCUUUAGCAAAAUGUUGUAAGCUUUUAGUUUUAUCAGUCAAACUAACUAUAUGCAAUCAUUCGUGGUUAUGGUAGAAUAGCAAUUAUUCGAUUUAUUGAAUAAAAAAGGUUGUACUUUUUCUUUACUUGCGAUCUGAAGUUUAUUACCAUUUAGGUGGACUACAUAUACAUAUGUAUGUACUGCUUCAUGGUAUUAGCUGGACCUAGAGCUCAAGAGAUUCUGUGGAUACUUCAUUAAAGGUGUAUAGACGCUAUCUUCAAUGCUACCAAGUUUUGUUUUGUAUAUUGUAGAUCCGUUCUACUAUUGUGAAUGACUCAAAUGACAAAAGAGAAUACGAAUUCCUUUUUUUCUUGUAUUUUCGAAACUUAAGAUUUAAAAUCAAUUAUAGUAAUUUAUGGAAAACAAAAAUAUAGGCUUACAGCAACGUUUUUUAGAGCGAAAAAAUAAUUUCUCCAUCUCUCCUUUGCAAAAGAAAUGUCAGCACAGAGUUGGCACCAUAAAUGCCGCCAGUUUGUUUGUCCAUCUUUUAUAGUUUGUUCGAUUCGCUGAAGAGUAACGCUUGACGAACCCAAGACAGCUAAUGAUAGCAAUAAUUUAGGUAAUUUUGAGCUCUUAGAUCGAUACGCUAUAUACCGCUUGGAGCUUUAUUUGUUUUAUGAGUUUGAGUAGUCAGAUCUGGUAUACAUGACCCAAUGCUUUUAAAAUCUGACCACUGAUUUGGUUUUACCAUGGAAGAGAAUCAUAUUUCAGCAAAUUUGGUCUAUAUAUUUCAGUACAUAUUAAUGGGUUUAGGUUUAAAUGUACAACCUAAUGCAUUUUGAGGAAUGCAUUCUGAUUUUUAUACUCCGAACCACGAAGUUUGUAUCACUCAGAAGGAAAAGUCGAGGACCCUAUAAAAUAUAUAUCUAAAUGAUGAGCAUGAUAAUUUGAGUCAAUUCAGCCAUUUUUGUCUAUCUGUCUGUAUAUAGGCGAACUAGUCCCUCAGUUUUAGAGAUAUCGAUCUGAAAUUUUGAACACAUCCUUUCUAUCAACCACUAUAUAUAGCUUCAUACAAACUGACCGAAUCGAAUUCUUGUACGGAAAACUUUUUUAUUUAGCAAGAUAUCUUCACGAAACUUAGCAUGAAUUAUUGCUCAGAGCAGAGAUACAAUCUUCGAUGAAAUUGUUCAGAUCAAAAUUGAGCUCUUGUAUUGAAACUUUUUUCUAUCUGUGAAGGGUAUUCUAGCUUAGAUGCAACCGAAAUUAAAAUUUUUUCUUGUUUUUGUUUUUAAAUUGUAUCCUAGUGUUUCUUCCGUUUAAGUGACUUGCAUUCAACAUUUAGUUGUUAAGCUCACCGACUUGCAGGCCACGCUGGCAUACGUAAAAAUAUACAGUAUGUAUAAAAAAGCAUCCAUCAUAUAAUCAUAUAUUUUAUCAUCAUGAUAAAACUUUGGUACAUUUUAAGUGAAGUUCGUUGUUGUAAAUGUCAAUUUCCCCCCCUGAGGAAACCUAACCUAAAAUGACGUAAUUUACUGUUAUGUCGUUAUAUUUAUACAAAAAAAAAAACAUUUGGCGAGCAGAAUUAUAUUUAUGUAUUGGCAAACAUAUGGUUUGCAGUGAUUGGUGAAAAAUUAAAAUUAUGACAUAAAUGAUGAUAACAUAUGAAAUUAAUUACACGAGGGUUUCGCACAUUUUAUAAAUGAAUAAAGAAAGACAUUUUACAGCAAGUAGUUAAAGUUGAAAAUAUAUAUUCAAAGUAUAUACUAAACAUAUAUAAAAUAUUGGCAUUGCACACACACUCACACGCACACAUACAUAUACAUAUAAAAGUAAAUAAAAUGAAGAAAAAUAUAUAGUUUAUAUAGUUCAUAGUUAAAGAAAAUUGUACUUAUGCCGCAUGUACAUACAUAUAUAUGUAGUUGGGUAUAUAAGGUACAUGCGUGUAUAUAGCUAAGUUAUUUAACGGGAAGUAGUUAGUAAAAUUUUUUGAAAGAUGACAAAUUUAUGUAUAAAAUUGUACUGCACAUGGUAUAUAAUAACACUAAUUUACAACUACACACACACACACACACAUACUAGUAUAUGUAUGUAGAAAUAUAAGCAUACUACCUAUGUGUACAUGUACAUAAGUAUGUUUGUAUGGAUGUUGAAAAUCAUUAAAUAAUGAGGAUUAUUGUGCUCAUUCAGUGUUAUUGUUGCUAUUAAAGCAUCCAGUAUGUAUGUACAUAUGUAUGUGAGUUAUAUAUACACAAUAUAUGUAUAAUAAGUGUUAUUGUUGUUGUUUGUUUGAGAAAACAUAUCCGCAUAAUUUACAAAGUCUCAUAAUUUACAUAUUAACAUAAGAUAUAUAUGUACAUACAUAUGUAGGUAUGUAGAUAUAUAUUAUAUGUAUAUAUGUAUGUAAAUAUACCUAUAUAUUUGUGUAUAUACAUAAGUAUGUAUAUAAGACUUUGUAAAUUAUCGAAACAUCGAUGUUUUUUAUAUGAUUUGCAAGAGAAAAUUUCCAAUUUCCUUUCUUUUUAUAACACCGUUAUAAUUUCAAAGGGUUACUCAAUGUGGGUUAGUCGGAAGGGUUUUUCUUUUAAAACAAAAACAAAAAUAUUUCUUUAAAAUAUCUCUCUUAACUAUAUCUUAGAGGUACUAGUUGUUCCUAUAAAUACUCGAUUUAUCCGGAAAAAAAAAUUCCGAAUUCCAUAUAUUUAUUUGUUUCCGAUUUUUUGUUAUACAAGUAUGUGUAUCAUCUUCGAUCCACCACUAUUAUACUCACUAAACUCUCAUACCAAAAAAUCGACAUUGUUACCAGAUAUUGAGACCUUUGUAGCCUUAGUUACAAAAUCGUAAUCCCGAAAUUGACAGUCCUCAGCAUCAUUAUUCAGAACUAGUUGUGAAAUGUUUCCUCAUAACUCAAUGAAUUUCAAUUUACUUUGAGCUGUAAACAUUUUAAGGAAAAUAUUUUAAUCUAUAACCAGAAGAUUGCAAAUGAUUCCCAGUGUAAAUCCCAACAUCAUUAUUUCUAGUAAAAUGAUAAGCUUAUCGCAGUUAUAUUUUAUGACAACCUUAAAUUCAGUCCAGGGAUCGCACCAUAUAGGGAUCGUUAUCCUAAAUGAUACUCCCACCCUUUUCUAUCAUGGAUUUCUCCCCUUCCCCUAUUGCUGGUUGGUUUCUACUUUUCCUGCGUCCAAGGAUGCCUACGAUUUUGUAGCCAGCAUCAAUCUGUUUGGCUCACCUUCUAUUGACUCGAAUUCUCCAGGGCUAGAGAGUCUGCGUCCAUGUCCCUUUUUUAGUGUGAGUACAUGUUAAACAAUUGCAGCAAUUUGCUGCCAGUUUUCGUCGCUAUUUACGUUCUUCUACGGGAGAACUCUACAAAUUUUCGUAUACGUAUAAAAUUAAACGUGAAGAAGCCCUCUAACGAUGUGUAGCUC